UGGUUGGUUCUCAUUUUCAGCAAAAGCAAGUCAAGCACCGAAGAGUCGUCUCUGAGCUUUGACAAAAUGGCCUUCCUUCUUUGACCCGAACUUGAUGAUGAAGAAGAUGAACCCAACCCAACCUCUCUACUAGUCUCUCCUCCUGUACUCUCUUGCAAAGUCUUCAAAAAGCUUUCUCAGUUCACACUCUGCUUACAAUAUAGUUGGAUUUCACAUCACAACUAUGAUUCUUUCUCUUUUUACCUUCAUCAAUUUACACCCUCUCUAAUACCUGCGUUUGAAUAUUCAAACCAUAUCCAUCCCAUCCUUUCAAACCAGAGAUUGCCAUGUCUCAAAAACCCUUUUCUGGGUUUCCUUCAUUUUUCCGGGUGAUAUUGCUAUGAAGGCUUUGGUUGUUUUGGAUUCAGUAUUUUGAGCACUCUGAUGUGCAUUAGAUAGUAAUCUCCAAGUGUUUUUUUUUAAUCCGUAGCUCGUUUUUGUUGGCUCUUGAUGAAAAUGGUUCUGAAUGGCCGGACUCUUACUGUUCUUGUAGUUGUUUCUCUCUGGUUGUUGCUUAGCUGUGGUUUGAGCUACGGUGUCCAAAGUGAUAUAGAUUGCUUGAAAGGUAUUAAGGCUGAACUUGAAGAUCCUUAUGGUUAUUUGAACACUUCGUGGAAUUUUAACAACAAUACUGAAGGAUUCAUCUGUAAAUUUACUGGGAUCGAGUGUUGGCACCCUGAUGAGAACAAGGUUUUAAAUAUCCGGCUUUCAGAUAUGGGACUGAAGGGUCAAUUUCCUGGUGCCAUUAAGAACUGCUUAAGCUUAACAGGCUUGGAUCUUUCCAGCAACAAACUUUUUGGAAUUAUUCCGCAAAAUAUCUCCCACAUAAUUGGAUAUGUGACAUCUCUUGAUCUCUCAUCUAACAAUUUCUCAGGGGAAAUCCCAGUGGACCUGUCCAAUUGUACUUACUUGAAUGUUCUGAAACUCGACCAUAACAGGUUUACAGGUCAAAUUCCUCCACAAUUUGCUCUGCUUGCUCGCAUUAAACAAUUUAGUGUGGCAAACAAUCUUUUGACAGGGCCAGUCCCCUACUUUAAUCCAAAUGCUUCAAUUCAAGCAGAUAGUUAUGCCAAUAAUCCUGGACUAUGUGGUCCUCCUUUGGAUGCUUGCCCGUCAGCUUCAAAGAAGUCUCACACUACAGUUAUUGCCGCAGCAGCCGUAGGUGGGGUGACAGUUGCAGCCAUAGGCGUGGGUAUUGGUAUGUUCUUCUUUCUGCGUAGAGUGUCUGUGAAGAAGAAGGAAGAGGACCCUGAAGGAAACAAAUGGGCAAAGAGUUUAAAGGGAGUUAAAGGCAUCAAGGUAUCAAUGUUUGAAAAGUCAGUGUCGAAGAUGAAAUUCAAUGAUCUCAUGAAGGCUACCAACAGCUUUUGCAAAGACAAUAUCAUCGGGACAGGACGAACAGGAACUGUGUACAAAGGAGUCCUUGAUGAUGGCACUUCACUUAUGGUUAAGAGGUUACAGGAAUCUCAACACUCUGAGAAGGAAUUUCUGUCCGAAAUGGCUACUCUGGGGAGUGUGAAACACCGUAACUUGGUUCCCCUUCUAGGUUUUUGCCUAGCUAAAAAGGAGAGGCUAUUGGUUUACAGGUACAUGCCAAAUGGUACCCUCCAUGAUCAGCUACAUCCUGUGGAUGAUGGUGGCAAGGUUACAGAGUGGCCUUUGAGGCUAAAGAUUGGGAUAGGGGCAGCUAGGGGAUUAGCAUGGCUCCAUCAUAAUUGCAAUCCUCGUAUUAUCCACCGAAACAUAAGCUCCAAAUGCAUCUUACUGGAUGCAGAUUUUGAGCCCAAAAUAUCUGAUUUUGGCCUUGCUAGGCUCAUGAAUCCAAUUGAUACACAUUUGAGUACUUUUGUGAAUGGAGAGUUUGGGGAUUUGGGUUAUGUUGCUCCGGAGUAUGCACGAACUCUGGUGGCCACUCCAAAGGGUGACAUUUACAGCUUCGGAACUGUGCUUCUUGAGUUGGUGACUGGUGAGAGACCUACACAUAUCGCUAAAGCUCCUGAAGACUUUAAAGGAAAUUUGGUAGAAUGGAUUACACAGCUGUCGAGCAACUCUCAGCUUCAGGAUGCCAUUGAUAAAUCCUUGGUUGGGAAAGGUGUCGAUGGUGAGCUUUUCCAGUUUCUUAAAGUUGCAUGUAAUUGUGUAGCACCAAAUCCUAAGGAGAGGCCUACCAUGUUUGAAGUGUACCAGCUUCUAAGAGCUAUUGGGGAGCGAUACAAUUUCACAAUUGACGAUGAUAUGCUGAUGCCUUCCAACAGUGGUGAAGCUGAUUGCUUAGAGGAACUUAUUGUUGCUCGUGACGUGAAGGAGAAUAAUUGAAAAGGUAUGGAAGAGGUAUAUGGAUGAAUGUCAUAAUCCUUAUGUAAUUAACUCUAUUUGGUGUUUAAAAAUGAAAAAUAGUGUCACGUAUAAUUAUAAUGUAUUAAUCACUGGUUUUGACUUAUAUGUAUUCAGAAAAUACUGUAAUGCCUUCAUCUCAUCAUUUUCGAAUAGGUAUUUUAGGUCAACCGCUGAUGGUAGUCUUGCAUCCUAUAUAUUUUGUUAAAUAGAACAAUUUCGAUA